GUCUCAGAGAGUGAGAAAAUGGCGACUUGUCAGAGGCACCCGUCACGUCCCUCGUCCUAGGCGGCGGUGAUGAAGAGCAGGGCCGGUGGAGGAGCGUGGCGUUCACUCGUAGAGCAAGUGUGCAUGUAGUGGUCAAGAUGGCGAGUAACAUGUACCGCGUGGGAGAUUAUGUAUAUUUUGAAACCUCAUCCACAUCACCAUAUCAAAUUAGAAGAAUAGAGGAGUUAAAUAAGACGCCGAACGGUAACGUAGAAGCGAAGGUGAUGUGUUUCUACAGGCGCCGUGACAUCUCCUCGUCCCUCAUCAUGCUGGCAGACAAACAUCAGAAUGGGCAUGGAGGGACCUGGGACCUGUGUGGUGGUUUCAAGAAGCUGUUAAAGUCCCAGGACACCUCAGGAGCCCCUUUGAGUGAGGGUGUCGCCUCGGAGGCCUCGCAGCAAGGUGCCUUAGAGGAGGACGAGAGCGACAGCGAGGGUGGGGAAGUGGGUGGGGGUGCUUCCAUCAUCACACCCACAGGGGAGACCCUCACCCCACAGGAGAGGCACCAGCUGAGACAUCGGGAGCUGUUCCUCUCACGGCAGAUUGAGACCUUGCCAGCAACGCACAUCCGGGGGAAGUGCACCGUGACGCUGCUCAAUGAGACGGAGCUGCUCCUUGCCUACCUGAAUAAGGAUGACACCUUCUUCUACUCGCUAGUCUAUGAUCCCCAGCAGAAGACCUUACUAGCAGACAAGGGAGAGAUUAGGGUCGGGUCAAGAUUUCAGGCAGAUAUUACCUCACUGCUAAAAGAAGGAGAGAGUGAUGGUCGCAACCUGGAGGACCUGGAGAGCCUGGUGUGGACCCCCUGUCAUGGCCUCACAGACAGGCAGAUUGACCAAUUCCUUGUCAUGUCCCGGUCAGUGGGAACUUUUGCCAGAGCCCUUGACUGCUCCUCCUCUGUCAAACAACCAUCACUUCAUAUGAGUGCUGCUGCGGCCUCCAGAGACGUAACCUUGUUUCAUGCCAUGGACACCUUACACAAACACAACUACGACAUCAGCAAGGCGCUGUGCUCACUCAUACCUGCUACGGGACCUGUGCUGUGCCGAGACGAGAUGGAGGAAUGGUCAGCCUCUGAAGCAAACCUAUUCGAGGAAGCACUAGAGAAGUACGGCAAGGACUUCAAUGACAUCAGACAAGAUUUCCUACCGUGGAAGACGCUGAAGAACAUAAUUGAGUAUUAUUACAUGUGGAAGACGACAGAUAGAUAUGUACAGCAGAAGAGAGUGAAAGCAGUGGAGGCUGAGUCCAAGCUGAAGCAGGUGUACAUUCCUAACUACAACAAGCCAAACCCUGCAGCACUCUCCAAUGGCAAGACCUCCACCACAACCACAACCACCACCACCUCCUCCACCUCCUCUGCUUCCUCUACCAUGGUCAACGGUGCUGAUGUCUCCGUGUCUGGGAAAGCGUGCGAGUCCUGCCAUGCUACCAGCAGCAGUCAGUGGUAUGCCUGGGGCCCUUCACACCUACAGUGCCGACUUUGCAGUUCCUGCUGGCAGUACUGGAAGAAAUUUGGAGGCCUAAAGUUGCCUUCACGUAUUGGCAAAGAGGAAGAACGACUGCACAGUGGUGGCAGUCGUUCGCAGCGGUGUAAUGUGGGCGGGUGUGGCCGGGAGUACAAGACUCGCUCCCAGUUAAUACGCCAUGCGGCCCAGGCCCACGGGGUGGCCCUCCGAGCUGGCUCUCCACGGCCCAUCAUGAAAACUCGAGCGGCCAUCAUGGUCCACUCCAGCCUGCAGAUACGCGUGAUGCGGCGGCUGUGUCACGACCUGAUCCAGCCCAGGAAGGCGGGCCGCAACCCCACCUGGCCCUUGAACCCUGCCGUUAUCCGGCAGGAGUGUUUGCUGCGCAUGGGUGGGAAAACCUUUGAUGAUUAUGCUUACCUGGUGAAGCGAGGGACGGGGCGGCGACGCGGCCAAGUGUCUCAGGUGUCAGUCCGCUUAGGUCAGAAGAGCGCGGCUUGUCCAGCCUGGAUGCUCCCCACCGACAAGUCGCUCCUCCCCAAACAGCCCCACAUUGAAUUCCCUAAACCUCCCAAGGGACCAGAUGGAAGUCUCAUCUACACACCUGUGCCCAACAAAGACCUGCCGGUGGUCAACAACACUUCCCCACCUCUUCUGAGACGCCGCACCUAUGAAGAAAUCAACGGCAUGGAUGAGAGCGAAUUGGAAGAAGGUGGGACUUCCUCCAACCAAACGGCAGAAAGAGAUGGAGGGCAGCGACUCAAUACACCUGGGCCAGCUGGGGGUGGUGCCUCCUCCAGGAUUGACAGUCACUCCAGUGGGUGUCAAUGGGGGUCCAGGGGUGCCCACACCUCCCCUGGGAGCCCCCAACACCCCAAGCCGGGCCAAAAUAGCCACAGUGUCUCGCGUGGGGGGCCGUCCACGCAUCAUCUCAUGGAUGGACGCCCCUGAUGAUGUAUACUUCUAUGCCACUGACACCACCAAGAAACUGCGUAAGAGCCUUGCCACCAAUGACCUGAAGCGGGCAGCGCGUCGGCCCUGGAAGAAGAUCCAGGAAGACUCAGCCAUGGUGGCAGCAGCAGUAGCAAUGGCAACAAUGGCCCCAACAGUAUCCAGCCCACAUUUUGUUGAAUGAUGCCAGAAGACUGAGACCUCCACCCCCCUGUCCCCCCCAAGGUGCCCUGAGCCCACCAGCUGAGCCCUGCCUCCUUGAUGGCUGGCAGGGGGGUGCCUGGGCCUCCCCAGCAGGAUGAGGCUCCUGGGAGCUUCACUACCUGGACCGAGAGACUGAGUGGUGACAGGCUAAUGAGGAGCCCAGGCACUUGUUUGGUGGAACUCUAAUGAUGGAAGAAUCAAAGUUCAAAACCCUCUUAUAAGUGUUAUGAGAGACAGUGUGUGCUGGAGGCUCUGAGGCUCCAGCAGGAGGAAGGAUCUGUAGACUAGUGAGCUUGGCUGGCCCACAGGACCCAGCUGGCUGCCCCGAGGGGGUGGCCAUGGACAUGAUCUGAAUACACUGCCGCAGGUUGUCGAGGGCGAGGAGCGCUAGCAGCGGCCAGGUGGACCAAGGGUGAAAAGCACACGAGUUUAUUUAUAGAAUCUUGGAAGCAACUCUUAAACUAAGUGCUUUUUAGUGAGACUGUUGAAAAAGAUGAAUUGUGUAAGUAAUGCUGGUUGAAGUGUAUUUAACAGUUGAGAGUUGUACAGAAAUGGUAAAGGUCUGUGUCUCCCAUGACAGUGAAGGUGUGGGAGAGAGAGAAUGCUUGCAGGAGAGGUGAGGGCUAGCCUUGGUGCCGGCGCUGGUCACUGACCCCCCUCACCACCACCCAAAGUUCAAAGUGAAGUAACAUCUAGAACAACAGCAACAGCAAAAAAAAGCAACAGCAUAAACCUAAAGAGUCAGCACCCAGACUAUUUUUUAUCCAGACUUUGUGUAAAUAUGGUUGCCGCAUGUUCAUCCAGAAAUUUUCAGUGAUUCGUAGUGAUAUUAGCCAUAAUUUGUGUACUUUGUAUUCUGUCCAACUCCAAGAUUUUCCGCACCAGUUAAAAAUUUCUGUUCUGAUAAUUUUUUUUCUAUAUCUGGAGUGUGUUCCCACCCAUUAUCAUCCCAACCACUGCCCCAUCAAGACCUGUUCUCAAAAGUGCAGAGGAACUUGUGGCCCCCAGCAGAGAGGCUCCUUCAGGUUCCAGUGAACCUUGCAAAAAGAAAAUGCACCCUCUCUCAUCACAUCUAUCUCAUUUUUAUCAUCUUCUGUUUUCCUUUUGCAUCAUCAUCCAUCCACAUCAUUAGUAUUUGAACUUGUCUUAAUCUCUCUCUCUCCCUCUCUCAUGUCCCAUCAGCUGUUUGUUACAUUUGCUGGGUUCCUCAAGAGGUCUGAGUUCAUGUCUACCUGAAUGUAAGUUGAAACAGGCGACCAAUGCUCCCCCUCCUCCCCCGUCUCAUCCCUUUGAGAAUACGACCAAUGUCACUUGUCAUUUGCUCACCAUUUCCAUAAUCAUCGUUAAUUGUUUUAUAAAUAUGAAAAUUUGCAGUUUGAUUGGAUUGAUAACUUUUUCAUCAUCCCUGACAAAUGUCUUAAAUGAAAAUUCCCUGAGAUAUGUUACUGCUUUAGGCUUGUUGCCUUCUUUCCCUUCCAUUCUUUUUGACUUCCACUAUAACAUUCAACGCCUCUCACUCUUAUCCCGUCCCUCCACAUGCAAGGUAUCUGUAUGCGCACAAUUGUUCUUACAUGAUUGAUAACCACAAGAAUCUCGUAAGAUUUUAACUAUUUUUAAUGCUAAAUUAAAGAUAACUGGUGUGGGUGGGGCUAUACAAUGUGUGUGUGUGUGUGUGUGUGUGUGUGUGUGUGUUUGUUUGUACGUAAGGUUAAAAUAGUAAUGGCUGGGUUUGUCAUCUGUUAAAGGUGACAGCAGCAAUGUCUUGGUGCAUAUGUGCACCUGCUUGCUGUCUGGCUGGGACUAAUACCACUGUGUCUAUGUGACCCUGCAGGAAUAUGUGUGUGUGUAUGUGUGUGUGUUUGUGGUCUUUACCUUGUGAACAUAGGCAAUGCAGGUCUGUUAUGGGUGCCGCCAAAAUUGCUGUAGUACCACAUGAAGAGCCUGAAGAGAGGGAAGAUCAUGUCAUUGUGAUUGUUGUUCUGCCGAUGAUUGAGUUGAAAGGGAGGGCAGUUUCAAGAAAACCACUGAGAAUUCGUGUGUGUGUGUGUGUGUGUGUGUGUGUGUGUGUGUGUGUGUGUGUGUGUGUGUGAGAUAACCCCAUCUUUUGCCUUCACCACCAACACCUGUACUGCCCAGUCCUCCUUCCACCACCCUGGAGAAUAAGGGGGGUGGCCGCUGGAGAAGACAAGACUCAACGCCCAUCCUCUGCUGCCACCUGAGGCUUCUGUCAGGAAUCAAGAGACACUCGGUCAUUUUUAUUUUAUUUUUUUCAUUUUUUAAUGCAGAUUUUUUAUUAUUAUUUAUUUUAUUCUAUUUUAUUUAUUUGUUUUUAUUUUAUUUUCAUUUUUGUUAUUUAAUAUUUUUUUUAUUUAUUUAUUUUUUUUUGUUCUGUACUUAGUUCAUUCAUUCAUUCAGCCCUCUACAAUACAUAGAUAGACUUUGUA